AUGAACCAGACUCCAACACAAAACGACUCGGAAGGGUCAGAGUACAAUUCAGACCACGAGAAUAUAGAGAACAACGGUAAUUACAAUGGACAACGGUCGUCGUCGGUUUUUAUAACGUACCCUUUUGUGAAUGCCGAACCUGUCAACAGACAGUCGGCGAACGUAGAUCGGGAAAAGGCUGAAACUGAUAAUACCACCCCAUCAUUUCCACAACCUUAUCUGCCAUUCUCAACCGAGCAACCCAUUCCUGCUUACUAUUCGGACACAUUUAAUUCAUAUAGAGCUGACGCGAACCCGACCGACAAUUUGCAAGGUUCGGGCACCGGACAUCCUGUGACAGAUUCGCAGUAUGAAAAAUGGUCACCACCUCCAGUGUACGGUGGCAUAGAAAGUGAAAGUGGAAGUGGCGUUGGAACAGGGUCCGUAAGAAAACCUGCAAUCGUUGGAAACGCGACAAAAGUCGGACCAAAUGAUCCGUCAGAUGACACUGUUAUUGAAAUUGGAGAUGAAAAUACUUACAGGCCACGUAAAGUUUUUCAGACGGACAGUCAGAUCCGUAUGGCUAUGGUUGCUUUAUCAGCUUUUGUACGAAAGGUAUACUUUCUUCUUGCCGCACAAUUGGCUGUAACGGUUGCGAUAUCCGUAUGGUUUAUGAAACACGAAGCAGUCCAUAAUUUUUUUAUGGAUAUUUUAUGUAUCCUGGGCAAUUUCUUUGAUCGUGCUCCUAUUUUUGAUUUGGAAGAGAAAGAGCUUCCCAUUGAAUAUUAUUUUGUUGACUUUAUUCACGUUAACACUGUCGUAUGGAGUAGGAACGAUAGUGGAAAAGUUGUUUUGCAAGCAUUCUUAAUUACACUCGGCGUCUUUGCUGCUCUUGUGCUAUUCACUCUUCAGUCAAAGAUCAACUUCUCUUCAUGGGGCCCAUAUUUGUAUGCCGGCCUAUGGGUGGUAAUACUCACUGGCAUUGUUGGAUGGUUAUUUCCCUUUGAUAGGGGAUACCACAUUGCCAUUGCUGGAUUCUCAGCCCUGCUAUUUUGUG